AUGAUGGUGGUGCUGGCGACAGAAACCCCGGAUACAGGGAGAAGUGGGGAGACGGGCAGGUGGGGCGGUGCAAAGGUGAAGUCCGGGCUCAACCUUCAUAUCCAGUGGUGCAGAUGCCACGACUUUCGGUUGGAGCUGGUGCCACUGUGUACACCUGUGGCUGUCUGCCUGCUGCUGCCCUUCAUCCGGCCCCCUGAGGGCUGUGUUUCUGGACACGGCUGCUACCACCAGAGCUGGGACAAAACAGUCAGGACUGCUACCACAAACUUAGUAGCAACAGGCACCCUGGACUCUUCACGCAGUACUUCCAGCUUCACCUCUUCGGACAUCUACUCCACAUCCAGUUUAUCCACAAAAACAGUUAGGACUGCUACCACAAACUUAGUAGCAACAGGCACCCUGGACUCUUCACGCAGUACUUCCAGCUUCACCUCUUCGGACAUCUACUCCACAUCCAGUUUAUCCACAAAAACAGUUAGGACUGCUACCACAAACUUAGUAGCAACAGGCACCCUGGACUCUUCACGCAGUACUUCCAGCUUCACCUCUUCGGACAUCUACUCCACAUCCAGUUUAUCCACAAAAUCUAUUAUAACUCAAAUGAUUUCUACUCCUCCAACCACUUCUUCCAUCACUCCCACUGAAACAGUGAGUUCUGGGACAACUAUCACACCACUUUCCAUGACCACCAGUGAUUUAACAUCACCCACAGCUACUGGGAAAACCACCCUAACUCCUACCACUGAUGAUUCUUUAGAAUCUAUUACAACUCAAAUGAUUUCUACUCCUCCAACCACUUCUUCCAUCACUCCCACUGAAACAGUGAGUUCUGGGACAACUAUCACACCACUUUCCAUGACCACCAGUGAUUUAACAUCACCCACAGGUAGAAUCCCAUCUUCCACAUCUGUCCUAAGCACAGAACCAGUCACAGACACCACUCCUCUAUCUACCUUGAUUUCCACAAUUGCUCCUACCAACAACUGGUCUACCCAUACUUCUGGGACCACUUAUGCUAAUUCUCCCACUAGUGAUAUCAUGAACCCCACGACUACCUCUCCCACAGACAAAUUGACCACUGCCACUCUUCUCACACCCGUCUCUCCAUCUCUGUCCACUGCAGAAACAGUUAGGACUGCUACCACAAACUUAGUAGCAACAGGCACCCUGGACUCUUCACGCAGUACUUCCAGCUUCACCUCUUCGGACAUCUACUCCACAUCCAGUUUAUCCACAAGUACCAUCACCUUGCCUCCAACUAAUCUGGUUCCUGUGGAGUCAACCACAGACAUAAGUCCAACUUCUCUUAGUACAGGCAUCCCUUCUGUAACACCAACGAGUAUCAUUUACUCAUCUAUGGAUACCAGUAGUUCAAUGACCAUGACAACAGACCUCACUUCAACACUCGCAGCUUCCAGUCCUUCAGCAACUCUCACAGAUAUGAUUCCAUCUCUCUCCACCAUCCAGAACACAGACACAACAUCGCUUGCUAGCAAUAUCCCUACCAACACUCCCACCACAACCACUACCUCCAACAUAGACACCAUAUCAACAACUGUGGAGCCAUCUCCAGCCACCACAGCAACUACAGAAAGAGGACACAUGACCUUCACCACUCCUCGUGCCACAGCUACUGGGAAAACCACACUAACUCCUACCACUGUUGAUUCUCUAGAAUCUAUUAUAACUCAAAUGAUUUCUACUCCUCCAACCACUUCUUCCAUCACUCCCACUGAAACAUACAGGCAUUCCUACUGUAAUGCCAACAAGUAUCUCUCAGUCCCCUGUAGAUGCUACUGGUUCACUGAUCAUGACAACAGACAUUACUUCAACACCCACAGCUUCCAUUCAGCCAGCACUACCAAGGCCACUCACACGGAGAGCAUCUCUGCAGCUCCAGUCAUCACCAGUGCAUUCCAUACAGCAGGUGAAUCUGCCCCAACAACUACUACUGACAACAUAGAUACUAUAACCAAAACUCUGGAACCAUCUCCAGCCACUGUAACAACUACAGGAAGAGGACAGUUGAACUUCACGAAUCCUAGUGCCACAGCUACUGGGAAAACCACACUAACUCCUAUCACUGAUGACUCUACAGAAUCUCUUAAAACUGAAAUGACUUCUACUCCCCAGAACACUUCUUCCAUCACUCCCACUGAAACAGUGAGUUCUAGGACAACUGUCAUAUCACUUCCCAUGACCAUCAGUGUUUUAACAUCAACCACGGGUAGGAUCCCAUCUUCCACAUCUGUCCUAAGCACAGAUCCUGUCACCACAGGUACCACAAAUACUACCCCCUUAUCCACUUUGAUUUCCACACUCCAUACUAUGGGAAACAGGUCGACACCUACAUCGGAGACUACCUACUCCAAUUAUCCCACCAGUUCUGUGACAGACUUCACAAUACAGGCAUCACUACCACACCAGCUCUCACCACCUCCUUUACUGGCACCUCUGAUUCAUCGGAUGCCACAACAAUAG